AUGCCACUUGCCCUACGUGGGCAUGACAAUUUUAGGCGGCAAAAAUCUGUGGUGCUGGGUGUUGUGUUCUUCUCUGUCAUGUUCGUGUCCAUGGGCCAGUCGUCCCAGAUCGCAACGUAUACGGCCGACCGUGAGAUCUUUUACAAGCUGCGAGGAGCCAAAUUCUUCCGCACGGCAUCGUACGAUCUUGCCAAUUCAGCGAGUCAGAUCCCACUGGUUCUAGGCGAGACGGACAUCUUUGCAGCGCUCGUCUACUUCCUGUGUGGCUUUGAAGCCGAAGCGUCUCUGUUUCUCAUCUUUGAGAUCGUUCUCUUCUUCACAAACCUGGCAAUGGGAAUGUGGUUCUUCUUCCUGAGCUCAGUGGGCCCCAACGCGAACAUCGUCACGUCUUUGGGCAUGUGCUCCAUUUUCGAGUUUGAGAUUUUCGCUGGCUUCAUUGUGACAACGGACCAGAUCCCGGACUAUUUGAUCUGGGCUCACUGGAUUAGUCCCAUGAGCUGGAGUGUCAAGGCUAUGGGAUGA